AUGGCGAGAACCAAACAAACUGCCCGCAAAUCUACUGGUGGAAAGGCACCUAGGAAGCAGCUUGCAACGAAAGCUGCUAGGAAGUCUGCCCCAUCCACCGGUGGAGUGAAGAAACCGCAUCGUUACCGACCCGGUACUGUCGCCCUUCGUGAGAUUAGGAGAUAUCAGAAAUCGACAGAAUUGCUCAUCAGGAAACUGCCUUUCCAGAGGUUGGUCCGGGAAAUCGCGCAAGACUUUAAAACUGACCUGCGGUUCCAAAGUGCUGCUGUUGGUGCACUCCAAGAGGCUAGCGAGGCCUACCUCGUUGGGCUGUUCGAAGAUACCAAUUUAUGUGCCAUUCAUGCGAAACGGGUGACCAUUAUGCCAAAGGACAUUCAGUUGGCCAGGCGCAUCCGCGGCGAGAGGGCU